UGAGAAUAGAGAUUGAUUUUACAAUUUCAUCGCAGAAAGCCACCAAAAACAGUGAUCAACAUGCCGGAGGCGAACACCGCGAUGUUCGAGAAGGACAACUUCAACGCGGAAAAGUAUGUGAAAAAUCUCGUCCAAGAUUGUGUCGGUGGACCGGAGCUGCUGCAAACGAAACAGAAAAUCCAAGGCCUCAGCGAUACCGUGUCGUCGACGCUCAAGAAACAUGUCUACCAAAACUACAUGCAGUUCAUCGAGACGGCCAAGGAGAUCUCGCAUCUCGAGUCGGAAAUGUACCAACUAUCGCACAUACUCAUCGAACAGCGCAAUCUGCUGACAACGCUGCGCGACGAGUCGCUACUGGAUGAACAGAAAAACAUCAUCGAAGAGCAGAGCCUCGAUCCGAACGUGAACGAGGAGCAGCAGAAUCGAAAGGCGAUCCAGUUGAUCAAGGAGUCACUGCUUGGCUACAACGGUAACUUGGAUGAUAAGUUUUUCAUUCACGAAGGCGGUCUCAUCGAGCUGGAUUCGAACGAUUACCGACCGAUCUGCCGCAUCCAUUUGUUCCUGUUCAACGAAGUGCUGGUACUGGCCAAAGUAAAACACGAUAAGAAACUCGAAUUUGUGACCGAAUACGAGACGAAAAAGAUCGCUGUCAUCAACAUCAAGGAUCUGGACGGUGUGAACAAGAACGCGAUCAACGUUAUCACCAGCGACGGUGCGCGGAUUUUCCAGUGUAUCAAUGCGGCCACCAAACAGGAAUGGAUCGACAAGUUCGAGCAAGCGAUCAAGUUUCACCAGCCAACGAAACCCAAGAAAGCACAAGCACCGCAACCACCGACGAGCCUCAAGUUCGAAACCGUCACACCCAAGCCCACGACCGAUAAUGAGUUACUCGCGCUCAGCCCAACGGCAUCGGAGGUGGGUCGUGUGAUGAUCGAAAAUCUACCGCCCGAUUGGCUCGUUACCGCUCCGGAAGAGAUACAGGCCGAAAUAGCGCAGCGUCACUUUGAGGACAGCUUGGCUCUGCUGCAGAGAUGCGAAGAGCAUCUUGCCCGCGAUAGUUCCUUCCGUGGGGCGACGGAAAUCGGGGAGAAAGUUCGCACACUCAAGAGCUCGCUGGCUUCGGUCCUAAUGCACGAGCUGUCGAGCUCGCAAAGCCGGAGCCUACAGGCGGCGCUACGUUCCAGCCGACGUCCACUGAGGCUGCUGGUGGAGAUGGAGAAAUCGCGUGAAGCUUGCGGGAUUCUGUUGCGCGUUUGUACCAGUGCGAUCCGUAGCUCGCAACGCCAAGCACGGCGUAACAAUUUGGCCGUUUCGGAACUGUUCUUUUGCGAUGUGGCACUCGUUGCGAGCGAGUUUUUGCGUGCCUUCAGUACAAAGGCGGCCUGCACGAGCGCACUGAUCGUAUGGUGCAACAUGGAGCUACAGCAUUUCGCUUCGCAACUGAUCAAACACUAUCUCACCAAGGAUACCCAGCUGGAAACGGUCGCCAAGGUAGUGGAAGGUGUACGGGAACCGUGCCUUAAACUGCGCGAAAUCGGUCUCGAUCUAUCGUACCACAUGGAAGGUUUGCUUCGCAGCACACUGGAACAGCUGCUCGAUGAAGCGCGCUAUCGGUUGGUGGAUUCGAUCGGUCGUACUGAAGAUCCCUGGCAACCGUAUAAUCUGCAGACGAAGACGGGACUCCGUGCAUUGCUGAAAGAGUUCGAUACACUCGGUAUCGAUUUUCGGGCGUACGUUACCGGGGACACGUGGAUCAAUCUAACCCAGGCGACGGUCGGUUUCUGUCGACAUCUGAUUCAAACGACCGAGAGUUGUGCCUUCCUGGCGAAGUACGAUUCGUUGCAGCGUGACGCGGAAACACUGAUCCGGGAGCUCUUCCUUUCACAACAUUCCACCAAACCUCCCAACUCGCUCAAUGCUGAUAUCAAAUUUGUGGCCAAGAACAAAACGUACAUGGUGGAGGUACUGCUACCGAUCGCCAUGAACCGAUUCGAACGGAUCGCCGGUAAAAAACCGGAACUGCUGGCGGAACUUCAGGUUCAGCUACGCACGGUACCGCCGAAACCGAAACCUCGCAGUGUCUACCAGACGGAUGUGCUGUAGAGGAAAUUCGUUCCACUGUUAACUGAUAACUUAUUAACCAACUACUACUCAUUAUCACUUAGCCAAUAAAGCCGAGAUAGCCUCUUUUUGCUGAGA